AUGAAAAAAUUCAAUAGCGUGAGGAAAAAAGAAAACAAGAAGAAAGCCCUUUAUGACAUCCUGGACUGGUUGGAGAAGGAGCGAUCACAGCACAUCCGCCUGUUCUGGACAUGUGUCUUCAAAGACAUCAUCCUGAACGUCUACCCAACCCUGCAACUAUUGCGUAAAAGCCUUGUGGACGAACCUUUCCAGUUUUACACGGAACUGCCCGAGAAGGAGGAGAAGGAAGAGACAGAUGAAAGGAAAAGGAAGGAGCUUUCAGAAGAUGAGGAGGAAGAGGAGGAGCAGGUGAGCUCAGUGAAAAAGAAGAGGAAGCUGUUGAGGAAGAGCUUGUGCGAGGAUGAUGACGAGCAGCAGCCCGGUCCUUCCUGUCAGCUGACUCCACGUCGGAGGAAAAAGUCCAGGAAAGUAUGCCUCUAUUCUCCCUUGAAGAAAGGAGAGAAAAGGGACAUUUGGACUUGGCCCAUUUUUAAGUCUCAGCUGCCCGUGACCUGUGGAUCCCAGGAGGGGAUCCUGAGCAGGGAGCGACUGGCGAAAGGGGAGUCGUGCAUUAUGUUCCAGAAAAAGUGGUUUACUCCAGCUGGAUUUGAGAAGUCUGCAGGGAAGGGAAGCUCAAAGAACUGGAAGUUCAGCAUUAGGUGCAUGGGUACCCCACUGGCAAGACUUAUAGAUGAAGGGAACCUGACAUCAGCAAACUACAGAAGAGGCAAAAAAGUGAAAUCAAGACAGGCCAAGAGAUCCCUGUUUUCAUCUGAGACAGUGUCUGAGGAAGAAGAAGAUGAUGAUGAAAAUGAGGAUGAGGAGGUGGAGGACCUGGAAAACCAGACGGACAAUGUUUCUUAUAGCGACAAAGAAAAUUCUUCAGAUGUCCCAGAUGAAGACAAAGAGACUGAGGAACAGACAGAGCAGGUGCCAGAAGUCCACAAAGUCUUCAAAGUGACAUGUGGAGAUGCAACUGGGACUUUACACCAAAAACGAUUUGGAUCAGGGACUCGUGGGAAGUGUAUUCGAACAGAGAGAAGCUGGUUGACCCCCAUGGAGUUUUUGAAGGAGACAUCAAGUCAGUCAGACUUAUGGAGGAAAGAAAUCAUGUUUGAAGGACAACCACUCUGUGCUCUCAUAGAGGCGGAGGUCUUGAAGAUCCACUCACUGCUGUGUAAGUGCAGACUGUGCAAACCAAAUAAAAAAGAUCUGGAGGAUCAGAAAAACGACGAUGAGUGUUGUGUGUGUAAAAGAGGAGAAGCCGACCUGGUGUUGUGUGAUUCUUGCCCUUGUUCCUUCCACCAGAAAUGUCACCUGCCGCAUGUAGACGACAACCUUUUGAAGGACAACAGACCGUGGAUGUGUACGUUCUGUGUAACCUUUCAGGAGUGGCGGUUCGGUAAUAAGCUGGAAAUUACAGCAGCCCUGUCCCACCAGAUCUCUGAUCACAUACUGGAAUGUCAGUAUCUCGUCCUGCGUCUGUACAGUGCUGAUGACCAACAAAUAUUCGGUAUAAACCCAAGCCUCUCUUUGGAAAAUUACUCCACUUAUGUCAAGACUCCGAUGUGGCUGGAAAAAUUAGCAGAGAAACUCCAGGGGAAAGAAUACCGAACAGUUGGAGAUUUUGUGUCUGACGUCCAACUCAUAUUCACCAACUUUGCCUCGUACAACCAAGCUAACCCUGAUAUCCUCGUCGUGGGUGACAGACUGAAGCAGUUAUUUCACUCAGAGUUCAGAAGAGUGUUUAACAUCAGCGAAGAGAGUUGACUGACAAACAGCGUAAAGUUUUCAAACUCUGCAGAAGUUACAGAGAUGGAGUUUAGUUGGAUUUAGUGACUUGUCCCUUUUAUGAAUUAAAUAUCUGACGUGUCUUGCACAUACCCGACUUGACUGGGGAAAGCAUUUUAAAAUGUAAAUUGUUUUUUUUAUCAGUGUAAUUGCACAUUUUAUUUAAAGUCACAGUAAACCUAAUUUUCAUGUAAUGCCACUUCUUGUGAACGCUAUCAUGAUAUUCUACUAAAAUUAAAUCAAAAGAGUUUUUGUUUUAUUUGAUAGGUGCAGCAGCGCUUGUUACCAUUUCGCCUUCACUUCAAUGACCAAUGUUUUCAUGUUUAUGUGUUUUCCUUCUGUGCAAAACUAAGUGACUUGCUCCUGAUGUGUUUCUGGUGUAAAUAUAUGUCAUUUAAAAUUAAUUU